GUUCAGAAGUUCAUUUUUUGUAUCAUACUUAUUUAUUUUUCCUAAUAAGCAAAUGUUAAAUGAUAUGCUUUUUAAAUCUUCAUCAUGGUUGUGCUCUUAUGGUGCAAAAUUGUACAGUAGUGCACAUAGCAACACUGUGCAAAACAAUAUCUACUCACAUGAUGAAGCGGUUGUUAUGUAUUCCAUGUCAGGGCUGCUUUACCCAGACUGGAUCAGGAAUACUUGUUUUGGAUGAAGAAUCGCUCAGUUUUGGUGAGCGUGAAUGGCAACAAGCACAGACUGAACAGGUUUGAUGCCCAGGUGGGACUGCCAAGACCUGAGUCCUACACAGAUGAUCUGGAGCUGGCUGAAGGACUCACAGAGGAUUCCAAGCAGCAGUUGUGGAUGGACAUUACAGCUGGAGCAGAGUCUGGCUGGGACUUCUCUUCUCGCUGGUACAUGAACAGUACAGGUCAAAACUCUAGCACCCUCAAAGACACUCGCACCAGCCAAAUCGUGCCCUCUGACCUUAAUGCCCUGCUGUGCCGCACUGAGAAGACGCUGGCUUCUUUUCACCGAAUUCUGGGCUCUAAUGAGUCAGCAGCACUUUAUGAGCAGGCAGCACAAAACAGACUACGUGCCAUGGAUGCAGUGCUGUGGGAUGAACAGCUGGGGGCGUGGUUUGACUACAACUUGCAGACAGGUUCUAAACGUUUGGAAUUCUACCCCUCCAACCUGUCACCUCUCUGGGCACAGUGCUACCCUGAAGAGAAGAAGGCACACAGGGCAGUGCAGUAUCUCAAGGGGAGUGGCGCUCUCAAGUACCCAAAUGGAGUCCCUACAUCACUGAAGGAGUCCGGACAGCAGUGGGACUAUCCCAAUGCUUGGCCUCCUUUACAACAUAUGCUGAUCGAGGGUUUAUCUAAGGUGCCUUCAGAAGAUGCUAAACAACUUGCAGAGGACUUGGCACAGAAGUGGAUUCGCACCAACUGGAUGGCGUACACGAAGUAUGAAGCCAUGUUUGAAAAGUAUGAUGUGAAUGGGGAUGGUAAACCCGGCGGUGGAGGGGAGUAUGAAGUCCAGCUUGGCUUUGGCUGGACUAACGGUGUGGCCCUUCAGCUGCUGGACCAGUACGGAGCCUCUCUCACCUCGGGCAGCAGACACAGCGGCCCUGGCCUCCUCCUCCUCUUCCUCCUGCUCCUCUCAGCCCUUUUCACGCUCCACUGACGCCAUGGUGACACGGAGCACACCUGGAGGCUCUGUUUUAGUCUGGCUUUCAUUGCACCACAUCAGUCACUACAGCCCCUCUGGUACGCUGGAACUAACCACCAACAUCUAGUACAGUAUGUGUUGCUAUGUGUAUGAUUAUUUAAUUUAAUACCAUUGAUUUUGUGGGUAAUAUUAAAGGUAUAUAUUAUGUAAAAUCGACUUUUAUGAGCUUGUUGUAAUGGUGUUCCCUCAUCAUUAGUUUGCUCAGAGCUGUAUCCCGAUUGAUCCAUGGACGUUUGAGUAAUGCAGUAAUCUCCUGCAUUCAAGGCGCGAGUGCUUAGAAUUUCAGUUUUCACCUUCCCCCUGUCUCCGCCCACUGUACUUCCAUAAGCAUUUUGCCACAAUAAAAAGUAUUAUGAAGCCAUUUUAAAUCAAUAGUGUGGUUUACAAUUUAAAAAAUGUAAAGUAAUGACCCACGUAUGCUGUAGUUGAAUACUAAAUGCCAAUUUUUUAACCAAUAAAUUGUCAUGUUGUAAUGUUGCUUUCACUAUAAUACAAAGUUAAAAUGUAAAAAAAAAAUACUUUGAGAAAAAUAAAAUGAAGAAAUCAACUUGCAUUAUUCAGUUGAUAAUAGGUUUUCAUGCUUGAGCUGUGCUGCUUAUGUGAUGGGGAUUCAAAAUGGCUCAGAAAUGGAUAUCGCUUACAGUGUGUAAUCGUCUCCGGCGUGUUAUCAAAUUAAUAAAUAUGAGCUCUGGUUAUCUAAACAUUUAUAGUGAAUUUGCAUUGAAUU